AUGUCAAAACUCUCCGACUUCCGCCUCCUCUCCUUUGACGUCUACGGCACCCUCGUGGACUGGGAAUCGGGUGUGUUGGCCGCGCUGCAGCCACUCCUCGACGCCAACAACACCAGCUUCUCGCGUGAGCACCUCCUGCACGUGUACCACGAGGCGGAACGCACGCAACAGACCAAGAAUCCCGGCAUGCGCUAUGCCCAGCUGCUCACCACCAUCCACCCACAAAUCGCCGACCGCCUCGGGCUGCCGCAGCCGACUACGGAACAGAAUGAGGCUUUCGGCCGGUCGGUCGGCGAGUGGCCAGCUUUUCCAGACACGGUCGAUGCGCUGCGCCGGCUGGGCAAGCACUACAAGUUGGUGGUGCUGUCCAACGUCGACCGCGAGUCGUUCGCCAGGACCAACGCUGGCCCUCUGCAGGGUGUGCCCUUCGACCUGAUCAUUACCGCGGAGGAUAUUGGCAGCUACAAGCCGGACCUGCGCAACUUUGAGCACAUGCUGCGUGAGGUCGAUGCCAAGUUUGGGAUCAAGAGGGACCAAGUGUUGCAAACGGCGCAGAGCCAGUUUCACGAUCACCAUCCCGCAAAAGAAAUGGGAAUCAAGUCGAGCUGGAUCGUCAGGCCUGGAGCGGUCAUGGGCAAUCGCGCUGGGGAGGUCUACGACUGGAAAUUUGAUACCUUAGGUGAGAUGGUAGAUGCUCUCGAGCGGGAGUAG